CUCGUUCACCAGCCAUCGUGAAUAUUCAGCUCGUUUUCUUCACAACAUUUUUUUUUUCCUCUUCAACAUCAUGGCUGUCUCUACAGUCCGUCGUGCCUUGAGCCCUUGGCCCAAAGACUCUACCUUUACUUCCAUCCUCUCUCUCUUCCACACGCUCGUCCAUCUCGUGCGCAUCACCAUCUCGUUUCUGCUCCUCCCGCUCGACAAUACCGUGCUCUUGGCGUCUUUUCUGGUGGGGCAUCUUCCUCUCCCAGCCAUCAGCCCAGCUCGACGACGACGACAAUCCGUCCUACGCAAUGUUCACUUUUAUCCCAAAACCGUCCUCAUCACUGGUAUCGACACUCCUCAUGGCCUCGCUCUUGCCAGAGGUUGGAACGAUGAGGGCCAUCGCGUGAUCGGCGCCGAUGUCACCAAUCUCCCCAUCCGCUCGGGGGAGAGCAUGUCUCGAUCGCUGACUUCAUUCUACCAAAUUCCUAAAUUUCAAUAUGUCUCGCGACUCCUCGAUGUCAUUCAUCGGGAAAAGGUGGACAUUUGGAUCCCUUGUUCCGAAAAGGUGUCGGUCAUGGAGGACGCCAUGGCCAAGCAGGUCAUUGAGAGUCGCACCGAGUGUAAGAGCAUCCAUCUCGACACGGAAAUGGCAAACCAACUCGAUACGCCCGAAUUGUUUGUCCGGUUCCUCCAAGAGAGAGAUCUGCCCAUCAUCGAAAACCACCAGGUGCAGUCGCGGGAUUCCGUCCAUCGCAUUCUGCACCGGUCGCCCAACAAGACCUACCACUUGCGAAAGUUGAAUCCCAUCGUGAAGGACAGCCAGGUCGUGGCUUUGCCCAAGAGGACGCUCAGCAUGACUUACUCGGAGGUUAGUGAGAUCAAAAUCACCAAAGAGACGCCAUGGAUUUUACAGCAGCAGACUCGUCUAGGCGAGUUCAUUGCCGAGGUGCUGGUGGUGCGCGGGCAGCUCAAAGCCAUCAAGAUCCGCCCGGCCAAAGAACAGCCCAAUUGGGGCGAAUCGCGUCUCGACAAAGCCCUGGCCUCGGCAAUCCACAGAGUCAUGGAACGGUUUGCGACAAAAGGUGGUUCGCGAUUGACCUGUCACCUGUCGGUCAACCUCAUGGUGGACGAGGAGUUUGACAACAACUCUGUCCGACAUGUUGUCCACAUUGCAGGCUGCACGCAAGGGGCGCGGGCUGUCAAAAACCUCCUUCUUCACGAACCAUCCACUUCCAUCUCUGCCGGGUAUCUGGCCAUGUUGUCGGAUCGCCCCAGGUCUAAAGACUUGCCGGGAGAGGAUAUCAUCUCCACCACUCGGAAGCCGGGGUUCAAUGUGUACCGGACGGUCAGAGCGUUCAUCCUCACAUUCAUCCCUUCUCUACGCCCGGUAAUCAGGCGGUUGGAUAAAGUGAUGGGCGGACUCGGCCAGUUCUUGUUCUGGAAGGACUCGCGAUUCUCGUAUCUGGACCCUCUGCCAUGGUGGUGGCAUGCACAUAUCUACCGGCCACUGCAACACGUUGGUAUGAUCCUUCACCAGAGGGAUGAAAAGUGAUUUUGAACAUGGUUAUGUGUUGGAUAUUGAAUGUGUUACGAAGAAUGAUUUUGUUUUUGAUUGAUUUGGUUUGCGACUAUAUAUGAGCACUGGGCAGCAUGGGCGGCGUACACAGAAAGUAUGGGGCACUGGAUGCCGAUCAUACUCGAUACUACUAGAUAGAUAGUUACAGAUGGAUGGAGAUGUUUCAUGCAGAUUAUCCAUCCUGUAUUCUACCUUUGACUUUUCUGAUUGUUUUCUUUUUCUUUCUCUCACAUGUCAUGUGGCCAAGUGGGCCAAGAGUGGCUGAAGUGUUCCAGGAAUAGAUCCGUUUCCUAGAGAACAGCUGAGCUGAAUAGCAUCACUUAUACGGGUAAUACAAUGAUACUUAUCCUACCUAUCUACUUACUGAGUAGACUAAUAGAUGCUGGAUGCUAUAAAUACAAAUUCUGC